GGAAAAGAGAACCGAAGAAACGAGAGUCCAAAUUUCAUAGAAGGAAAAAAGGCCUGAAAUAAAAGUUCAUAAAAGAUGGCCUGAAAUCCGAAUGCCAGUUGUAGCCGAGACAAGUGAAUGAUAAAAGCCUGACCAGGUCAGAAGUCGGAGGACAGAAUUUUAUUUCCUCUCCUCCGUAAUUAACAAUAAGCCAAUCAGUCGUGAAUAGGGUUUACGAAGACCCGCCGGUGACAAUGAUUUUCCCCGAGUUUGGAAAAUUUCUAGCAAAAUCGUAGUAAUUUAUUGGAACCAAUCAUUGGAGUUGUGCAGAUUGCGGCAAGGAUUGGAAGGGUGAGAAACAGUGUUCAAUGGUUGAUGCUUUUUCAACUGUGUGUACAGGCCACCCAUGGUUUCCUCAACAUCACCGCUUGACGAAUAUGAUCACGGUCAUGAUCACUCAUAUUUUUCCAGAAAGCGGCUUAAAAUUUCAGAUAUCCGAGGCCUCUCUGCAGAUUUUGCGUCUUCAAUUCGCGGUGAUGAACAAUCUGCAACGGAGAUGGGUUGCCAAUCUAAUGGCAAUAGCAGUGGUAUUCCACAAUCAUGUAAUGGCGGUGGAGCUCCAUGCGUAGACAAGAGUUACUCCAGCUAUGCACCAUCUUCUUCUUCUUCUUCUUCUUCUUUUGUGAGUGAAUGGAUGUAUCUAAAUGAACAUGGGAAGUUGUGUGGUCCUUACAUCCAGCAGCAAUUAUACGAGGGUUUGUGUACUGGUUUCCUGCCUGAUGAGCUCCCUGUUUAUCCUGUAGUCAAUGGGACUUUGAUCAAUCCUGUUCCCUUAAAAUACUUUAGGCAGUUCCCUGAUCAUGUUGCAACUGGAUUUGUGUAUCUCACUUCAACCACAGCUUCCAAUUAUUUAAAAUCUUCCCUUACAAAUUUCCAACACACGCUUGCCCAAUCACAAUUUAACUGCAAUGGUUUUGAUGCAUCCGAUCACCUCAUUUCAAGUUCUCAAGCAUUUAGAUUUGAGUUGCAGUCAGGUGAAGAUGCACGUUGGUUGUUUGAGGAUGAUGAGUGUAGGAAGCAUGGGCCUCAUUCCCUUCUACAACUGUAUUCUUGGCAUUGCAAUGGGUAUCUUGCAGAUUCUGUUAUGAUUUAUCAUGCUGAAGACAGGUUUCGCCCCACUAAAUUGUUGUCUGUUUUAAAUGCUUGGAAAGGUAGUCAGUAUUUUGCUGAAAAUGAACCGGAGUUAUCAGUGAACUUCAUAUCGGAAAUUUCUGAAGAAGUUUCUUCUGAGCUACAUUCUGGGAUUAUGAAAGUAGCUCGUAGAGUUAUGCUAGAUGAAAUAAUCAGCAAUAUGAUCUCAGAGUUUGUUGCUGCAAAAAAAUCUCAGAGAUAUCUGGUUGAAUCAUUCAACCAGGAUGCUAAAAGUUCUCCUGAUGGCAAACUGAUUAAAAAUGGCCCUGGAAUAAGUAUUCAUUGCACUCCCAAGUUCGGUACAGCAGGCUCCGACAAUGUAUCUAACCACUCUUGCAUUCAAGAAUAUAUAAAUUUUCCUGCAAGUAUAAAAUCUGUUGGAAGCAUUGAAAAUUUUUGGGGUUCUUAUACAGUUGUUUGUAAGAUGCUUUUUGAGUAUUGCACGCAAGUUAUGUGGAAUGCUGUCUUUUAUGAUAUUAUAGCUGAAUAUUCCUCUGCCUGGAGAAGGGGAAAACUUUGGUUUGGUCAGGCUAAUGUUAUGUUGUCUGCUAGUGAGGCCAUGGAUCAUGGGAAGGAGACUGAAACUGUAACAACUAAAUCUGUCUUAUCUGGGAUGAAAUUGAUGGCUCCUGAUGUUGAUUGUCCGCCUGAUUAUGAACUGGCAACAGUUGCUGUAGAUAACUAUGCAGAAAAGGCAUAUGUAUCUUCGUCUUCUGUGCAGGAAAUUUUAUCCAAACAGAACGUUCCAUUGUGCUAUAAUGGCCUGUAUGAUGGCAUAAAACGCAUCCUGGAAGGUGUUGAAAAUGAGCUCCAUUUUUCUGCAAAGGUGUUUAUGGCAAAGUAUGUUGACAAUCUUGUUAAAAGUGGAGCGAGAGAAGUAAUUGGUUUGGAAAAUGAUGAAAAUUUGAAGGAAAAUUUUGAUGAAGAGCAAGCAGUGAAAUCGGUUAGUUUGUCAAUAGGUGAUGAAUUGAAAGAGUUACAAAAGCUUCAAGACACUGUUGGAUCUUCCAGUCAAUGCCAUCUUGCAUCAGAGCUUGAUAUUUCAGUCAGUUGUGAAGAGAAAAAGAUUGGUUCAAACAAAAUGUCUGAUUUAUCUGGCAAUCUACAGAACCAAUUACAAUCAUGGAAACGAGUUUGUCAGUCUGUAUCUGAAAAUGUUUAUGCUACAAGGCAGGAUACUUUUAUGGCUGGGGCAUUUAAGAGAUUGUUUGCACAUGUAGGGGAUGUGAUUAAUGAACAAGAAGUUAAUGAGCCAGCACCUCCUGGGCUUGAGGAUAAUGCUGGGACUCUUGUUUCAUCACAAAUUUGUAAAUUUCGACCUUCAAUAUUGGAUGGGCGUAGCCCUAAGAUUGGGGAAUAUGUUGCCAUGGCAAUGUGUCGGCAGAAGCUCCAUGAUGAUGUACUAAGAGAGUGGAAAUCAUCUUUCGUUGAUGCUAGUCUUUAUCAGUUUCUUGUAUCAUGGUGUGGUUUGAAGAAACACUGUGAGGCUGACGGCAAAGAGGAAAGGGCAUUCAGUGCAGAUAGAGAAACUCCUGCUGGUUCUUCUGCCCUACGAGAUAAGCUCAGGGAGGGGUCAAGGAAGUCUCUGAGUUCAGGUUCCUCAGAAUUAUCUUUGGUGACUGGUAAAUGUACAUAUUACCGCAAGAAAAAGUUGGUUCAUAAGAAGAUUGGAUCUUCUCUGUCCAUUAUUAUCAAUGGGUCACAGAAUCAACCUGUUGAAAGGUGUAGAAAAAAAGAGGCUCCCGGAAAUAUGUUGGAUCAUGCAGAUCCAGAACCAACUGCAGCCAUUUCUAGAAAGGUUGGGAUAAAUAAAAGUCUGUCUCAGUCAUCUAGUAUUUCUAGGUCAUCGAAAACCAUAGCUAGGAAUAGUUUGCUUAAUGAUCACUCAUUAUCUGAGAGUGCAAGUGGCCGAACAACAAACAAAGGUACCGCUGCCAUUCAAAAAAAGUUGGUUGGAGAAGGAGCUGUUAAAGUCUCCAGGGAAAGAGCAUCAACCUUUUUGAAAUGUGAUGUUGAGAAGAUUGUUGACAAGCGUAACCAUAUUGUUGGAAGUGAAGGAGAGCUUACUAAUGAUUCCUCCAAGAAAACACUAAAAGCAACAAAGGUAUCAAGGGUAAAAAGAAAGCAAUUAAAUAAUGAUGAGCCGCCUUUGCUUUCAACCAAGGUACAGAAAGUAGUGAAUUGUGGUAGCAAGCAUUCUUCUUCUGGAGGGGUAGCAGAUCGAAAGAUACCCACAAUUAGAUCCAGGACAGCAAAUUGCUGCCCUGGAUCUGAUGGAUGUGCACGAUCUUCAAUUAAUGGCUGGGAGUGGCAUAAAUGGUCACUCAAUGCAAGUCCAGCUGAAAGAGCUUGUGUUAGAGGAAUUCAAUGUCUUCACAUGAAGUAUUCAGGUUCUGAGGUUAAUAGUAUGACACAGUGGUCGAACAGUAAAGGUCUUUCUGCAAGAACUAACAGAGUAAAGCUGCGCAAUCUUCUUGCUGCUGCAGAGGGUGCUGAUCUCUUAAAAGCUACACAGUUGAAGGCAAGGAAAAAACGACUACGUUUUCAGCGAAGCAAGAUACAUGACUGGGGUCUUGUUGCGCUUGAGCCAAUUGAGGCUGAGGACUUUGUCAUUGAAUAUGUUGGAGAGUUGAUUCGUCCAAGGAUAUCUGAUAUACGUGAAUGCUAUUAUGAGAAGAUGGGAAUUGGUAGUAGUUAUCUAUUUAGACUUGAUGAUGGAUAUGUGGUUGAUGCUACUAAGCGUGGUGGGAUUGCUAGAUUUAUAAACCAUUCUUGUGAGCCUAACUGUUACACAAAAGUUAUUAGUGUUGAAGGCCAAAAGAAGAUUUUCAUUUAUGCAAAACGGCACAUAGCUGCGGGUGAAGAAAUAACUUACAACUACAAGUUUCCUUUGGAGGAGAAAAAAAUUCCUUGCAACUGUGGUUCAAAGAAGUGUCGUGGAUCUUUAAAUUAGCAUGCAUACUUCCAAUAUGCAAUCCCAUUGAUUUGUUUCUUGUUUUGAAAAGUCAGCAACAAUUGAUGCCACAGGGGAAGUACCUGCUAAACAGCCACACAAAGGUUAAAUGGUACAAGAACCAACAGAAAGUAUACCGGAAGUACUAAUAAAGGUCUAUAGACGUAGAACAGAAGAAAGUACUAGAAUGGGGGAAAAACAGUCUUAAAUUUAUGCAGCAAGAUUAUUCACUGAGAUUUCAAUUGUUGCGAAGUUUGGGUUUUAUAGAGUUUCUGUUCUGUCUGGUAAGGUGCCUUUUAAGUCAUAUUCUGAUAGGACCUAACCUAUGAAGCCCACGGUUUUUACCUCAUUGCACAAAGAGUAUGAAAAAAAAAGAAAAAAGAAAAAGAAUAUAUGAAGCCAAACAUCUGGGACGAGGCUAGGACACAUUGCUAACGUUACAGAGUAAUAAGAAAGAAAACCUUGCGAACCUAUUGGUCGGAGGAGAGAUACUGCUGUAUUUACAAGACUCCCUAGAUAGAGAGAGGGAUGGGGGGGAUCUGUAUGUAAGACUUGGUUAUGUAAAAAAUGAAAGAAGGAAAGCAUUAAUAAAACAUAAAAAUAAAAGAAAAUGGUUUUAUUAAUUUAUUAGUUUCAAUUUUUGUAUAUAUGUUACUGCAUCUUGAGCUAAAGUUUUUCCAUGUCAAUAAUUGUGCUAAUAAGACAUGUCAACAAAGUUAUUGGUUCACGUGAAAUGGUUUUUACUGUUUUUCAUAAUUGAUUGACAAAUUGACUACAUGUUAAAGAAUAAGUAGAGGAAAUUAUUUGAACAUUCCCAUCAAAUAUAUGGAGUGAUUGCCAAUUUUUAACAUUUGGAUUAU